AUGGCGUCGGAAACAUACGAUUUCAUUAUCGUAGGUGGUGGUACAGCUGGGCUCGUACUUGCCAAUCGCCUUUCCGAAGAUACGAGCCGGAGGGUCCUGGUACUCGAAGCUGGAACUGACCAUAGCGAGGACUUACGAGUCAAGACUCCCGCUUUAUAUGCGGCCUUGGGAGGAACAGAGAUCGAUUGGGGAUUCCUGACUGAACCUCAGGAAGCUCUCAACGGUCGGGCUAUCAAGUUGCAUCAAGGUAAAGCUCUAGGAGGCACAUCAAUAAUCAAUGCGCAAAUUUUCUCGGCCCCUACCCGGGAAUUAAUAGAUGCCUGGGCGAGCCUGGGAAACAACGGAUGGGAUUGGAAAGCUCUCGAAACGUAUUACAACAAAGUCUAUACGCCUCCGUCAGUACCCAAGAACUUAGAAAAGGAGCUAGGUAUAGACCAUAGGACGGCGAAAAAUGAUACGGCCAAGGGGCCGAUUCAACUUUCCUUCCCUGGCGAACCACUUCAUCCUAUCCGGAGGGCUUGGGCCGAAACAUUCAAAAGCAAAGGGUACCUCAUGGAAGUGGACCCGUGGUUGAAUGUUUCAUCGGUCGGGGCUUUCAGCACUGUGACAAGUGUAGAUCCUAUUGAAAAGCAGAGGUACCACGUUGCUAGAGCAUAUUAUGAUCCCAUCAAAGACCGGAAGAAUCUGCACGUUCGCACGGGAGCUCCCGUUGACAAGAUUAUUUUCGAAGGGACGAAGGCUGUUGGUGUUCAGUACCAGUAUGAAGCCGAAACGAAAGUUGCCACGGCCGGCAAGGAGAUAAUCCUCUCUGCAGGGGCCUUGCAAUCACCGAAGCUACUUGAGCUCUCGGGUGUCGGAAGCAAAAGCCUUCUAACUAAACACGGUAUCGAGGCCGUUAAAGACUUGGAGGGAGUGGGCGAGAACCUGAUGGAUCAUCCAGUCUGCGACAUCGGAUUUGAAGCGGUGGAUGAUGUAGACACUCUCGACGCCCUCGCAAGACAAGAGCCUAAGGCGAUAGAAGAGGCCAUGAAUGAUGGUUUACUCACAUCCUCCGCCAUGAAGACAUGCGCUUACAUGCCUGUCGUCGAGCAUCUAUCAAAAGAGGGUCGAGAGGCACUUAAAAGCCUGCUCGAGCGGAAUCGGCCUUCGCCAGGAGCGCAAGCCAGGACUCAAGCGUAUUAUGAGGUAUCUGAAAAGAGCUUGCUUGACCCAACUAAACUAUCAGGGACAUAUCUCACGGGCAUCGGACAAAGUGUCGCUCUGCCUGAUCCAUCGACCGGCGAGUUCGUGAAGCCUUUCCCCGGCAAGCACAUAUCGCUCGCUGCUACACCCGCAAACCCACUUUCUCGUGGCAGUGUCCAUAUUAGAUCGAAGGAUGUAUCGGAGCCGCCUGCGAUAGAUCCGAAGUAUCUCACGAACCCCGUUGACUUGGAAAUUUAUGCACAUCACAUGCUUUAUCUCCACAAAAUCGCAAGAUCGCCACCUUUUACCGAUCUCCUAAAGCAGCCACUCAAAGUGACUACGCCGCUGGCGAAGUUUACCGACUUGGAAGGCGCAAAAAAGUAUCUCAAAGGCCGGGCCAUCUCGAUGUGGCACCCGGCGGGAACAUGUGCGAUGCUGCCGGAGGAUAAAGGGGGUGUUGUCGACACCAAGUUGAAAGUAUAUGGGGUACAGAAUCUCCGUGUCGUUGAUGCUAGUAUCGUCCCGCUACUACCCCCUGGUCAUCUACAGUCAACCGUCUACGCGGUUGCUGAGAGAGCAGCAGAUAUCAUUAAGGAGGAAUAUGGACUGAAAUAGGAGAAUUAGUAGAAGUCUAUUUAACCUAUAGGCAGUGGAGCCAGAGCGGGAGCUAACCUGGUAUGAACUUUGCUUCCUGCAUAUAGAGUCCUGAUUAGGAAAUGUUGGUAGGGGGUUAUUAUUCGGUUCCGUCGUCUCGGGUCCUUAUAUAUUGUAAUCUAUGGCCGCCGUAGACGCUCAUACGCCAAUUGUGUUUGGGGAUUGAUAUGCAAGGGAUAUGUCACAUAUGAUGAGAUAUAUACCGCCUUGUCGGCACCAUCCUAGGAAGUCAUAAGAAGUCGGUGCUAGAUAUAUCUUUCAGGAUAGAGGUGGUUGGUUUUCAAGAUACUCUCAUUCAAGUAGCCCAACCCUUUCUCUUUUUUCUACCCCGCAACGCCACAUAGUUUCAAGUUGAUGGGUUCGGGAUCCCAGAAUUAUAAUACUUUUAUGAAGUGUACUCAUAAUUCAUUCUUCGUGUGAAUCGAUAGGAUGAACAACUUUAAGGUUGAAUUGAGAUAUUUCGACUGGUGAUCGUUAGCUUAGUUAUUAACCUCAUCGUUCUAGGGAAGUAACAUUCUGUAGACUUGCGUACAGACUAUGACAUUGGCCAAUGACGUUCAAUCAUU